UUCCUGUCACUGGAAUGUAUCCACCUCCAUGUAGGGCUUGGGCAAACCAUUUGUCUUUUGGUCCCAUUUGUCGAUAUGCAAGUGAUCUUCGAUUAUUGCUCAAAGCUCUAUCUCAAACUGAAGGAAGUGAUCCAUUAAAAUUAGAUGAAACUGCUUCUCUCGACAAUUUAACAAUCUUCUAUUUUGAUGACAUUGGCAAUCCAUUGGCUAACCCUGCUGUUCCAGAAAUCAAAGAAGCUAUUCAAAAGACCUUGGAACAUUUCAGAAGCAACUUCAAUGCUCGAAUAGAGAAAAUUUCGCAUGGAAAAAUGUCCUAUUCUUUAUUCAUGUGGGCUGCUCAACUAUCAUCGGGAGAUGCUUAUCCAAUGGCUGUUGAAGCCGCACUUCGUAGAGGUCGAAUCAACCCUUACUGGGAAUUAGUCAAGUUUUUUGAGUCAAUAGGACCUAAAAAAGGAUCCCCAAUGCAUGAUAAAGUGCUCGAGAAAGGAAAGGAAAUGAAGAAUCAUUUUACUAAAUUAUUGGGUCCAAGAGGAUUGAUAAUUUGUCCAACACUUCCCAUUCCUGCUGUGAAACACAGAACAACACUUUUAAAUGGAUUUGAUCCAAGCUAUACCAUGUUUAGUAAUGUAAUUUCAUUCCCUUCAACUCACUGUCCAACUGGUUUGACCAAAGAAGGCCUUCCCGUUGGAUUUCAAAUAAUUGUUCCUCCUUUCAAUGACAAUUUGGCAAUUACAAUGGCAUGUGAAGUUGAAAAAUUAUUUGGUGGCUGGAUUUCACCGUCUGCGGUCAAUUGCUGAUUAAUUAUGUACAGAAUAGCUUAAUUACAUUCAAUGUAAAUCAACAUCAAUCUCUUUCAGUGAUGACUCCUUAAUAUAAUAAUAAGGUUAUACCUUUUUGGCCAUCAUUUUGACCAUUGAAGCAGCUCAAUUAAAAUAACUCAUUGUGUGUUCACAUUUCUUUGUUACCGAUUAAAUUUAAAUAAUAAAUUGCUAUUUUUUCAUUUCCUAUUUCAACAAUUGGAAAUAAAUUUCAA